UACCUGCCUUCGGCUCUGCAGUCACCCUUCUCUCAUGAUUCAGGCUUUGUACGUGGAGAGUUUAACAGUGAACCACUGGCGUGUUUUGGGUAGAAAAUAAGCUCGAGUUGUCGAAGAGCCCCGCCUCUGGCUGACGACAUUCCACGUGGAGAACAAGGCGAUAGAAAUCUGUGUGGAGAGUUUUGAUUUUGCCCACUCUGUACCAUAGACUUUGAGUCACUAGCACCAUGUUCACUCUAAGGAAUACAUUUCGAUACAGCCUUAAAACAGUCCAGUAUAAGCAAUUGAAGAAUUUUAGGGUGGGUAGAGGUUGUUUAGGGUCUGUCAAUUUGAAGGGGCGCAGUUUUCUGACGCUGAAAGAUUUCAAACCAGACGAGAUCAGUCACAUCCUGUGGGUGUCUGCGGACUUGAAACACCGAAUCAAGCACCAGGGAGAAUAUCUCCCCCUUCUUCAAGGUAAAUCUAUCGCCAUGAUAUUUGAGAAGAGGAGCACAAGGACUCGCAUAUCCACUGAAACAGGGUUCUCUUUGUUGGGAGGACAUCCAUGUUUUCUGACCCCUCAGGACAUUCACCUAGGAAUCAAUGAGAGCACAAAAGACACAGCUAGAGUGCUCUCUGGUCUGACUGAUCUCGUGUUAGCCCGGGUGUACAAUCACUCUCUUCUGGAAGAGCUGGAAAAGGAAGCAUCUAUACCAAUCAUCAAUGGCCUAUCUGAGCUUUACCACCCUAUACAGAUACUGGCUGACCUGCUUACACUAAAUGAGCACUAUGGCUCUUUGAAGGGCCUCACAGUGGCUUGGAUAGGUGAUGGCAACAACAUACUUCACUCCCUCAUGAUGUCACUGCCCAAGCUGGGUGUCAAUCUGAGAAUAGCCACACCCAAGGGUUAUGAACCAGAUGCCACCAUCACUUGGGAGGCACAGCAUCUCUUCAAGCAGUUUGGUACAGAUAUGCAGAUGUUCUCAGAGCCUUUGGAGGCAGCCCAGGGCAGUAAUGUGCUGGUGACGGACACAUGGGUCAGCAUGGGCCAGGAGGAGGACAAGAAGAAGAGGAUUAAGGAUUUCCAAGGCUACCAGAUCACUAUGCAGACAGCAAGUGUGGCUGCUUCAGAUUGGACUUUCCUGCACUGUCUUCCACGGAAAUCAGAGGAAGUGAAUGAUGAGGUUUUCUACUCACCACGCUCUCUGGUGUUCACAGAGGCUGAGAACCGCAAAUGGACAAUCAUGGGGCUGAUGGUGUGUAUCUUGACUGAUUACAGACCUCAAAUCCCCCAACUAAAACUGUAACAUUUCAGAACAUAGCUGAGCUUUAGAACAUGCAUGGAAUUUUAAGACCUUUAUUAGCGUCUGGAAUCAUUAACAAAAAUUCAAUUUCAGGAGUUCUCCCAGAAUUCAGAAACUCUUGUUAAAAUAACUAUUCUAAUUUACCUUAUACUUUGCUUAAAAAACAACAACAAAAAAAACAGUGGCAUGUUUGCAGUAUGUUUUGAAUUUGAGUUGUGUUUUGUGUCAGUAUUUAAGGCUGCAUAUCCAAAAUAAAAUGUUCGGUCUUCAUG